AUGGCCGCCACGAAAAAGAUUGCCGUCGAAUCUGAUCAUCCUCGUCGCUUUUCACUUGCCCAUCAGGCCAGCUGCGAAGCCAUACUGCAUGCUGACGUGAGACGCCAAGCAACACUAAAACAUCGUGAACAACUAAAGGAAAUCACAAAAGGAGAGAAGGUUUGCGGUAUUCAUUGUGCGAGUGUGGAGUGA